UAUAAAUAAAGUACUUAAUUAAUCAACCCAAUUUAGAGGCACACGCAUCAAAAACUAAUCCGAUAAAAAAAAACCCAUCUGCAAUAAUCUUAACGAAGAAGAUGAUACAAGCGGCGCCGCCGUUAAAUUCUUCGGCUUUCAGCUUUACACAGUGUUCGAAGUCGUCCUCAUCAAGAACCGCUUCGUGGGCUUCAACCGUUUGCUGUACUUUUUCGAGAAAAAAUGCGUACAUACCAAAGCUGGAGCCUUUCGACAGAAGCAAGAUCGAUAUCGCUCUAAAGGAGCGGCCUUUGAUUGAAAAAACUGAGAAUGAAAUCACGGAUUAUUGUUUGAAGCUUGAAGGAGACGAAUGCUAUAGCUGCUGGAUGGCUUAUUUCGAACUCCAAGAUCUUGAAAAAGAGAUGCCCAAGAAUGAUGUGGAGAGUCUGAUAGUCGAAGCAAUCGAAACAGGCGGAAUGAAAAUGCUGAUUAGCUACAUUCAUGGAGUCUCGGCCAUUUACAGGAGGGCGAAGAAGGAAGGAAACAAUUCAGGGAGUCCGGUGAAGAAGAUCGAUUCAGUGAGUCGGGCGAAAAUCGAGAGCACGGAAGAAAGGCGGUGCCCAAUUCCCGAUGGGUUGCCGAAAACGGAAGAGGAGAUGAAGGAGGAAGAGGAGGCUAAAAUGCCGGAUUCGCCCUUCACGAGACUGCUUAGGGCCAAGGGACGAUAUCCCGCUUGGUACACCCCUAGACCGGACCACGAGACCGAUUGAGAUCGAUCCACGAGUUCAUAAUGUAUGUAUGUAUGUGAAUUGAGUGUGGUUAAAUGCUAUGGGUUGGUUUCAUUAUGGUCCUUUAGCUUGUUGAGGGCAGAUUAGAAUGUAGGGUUAGUUUUGUGUAUGAGCUUUUCUAUUGUGUCUGAUAUUGUAAAUAAAGUUGCUACUUUUGUAUUGUGUAUUGGGGGCUAUAAAAAGAUAUACAAUAGUCUAACCUAAUCAAUGUAUAUAUUGCAAAUGAAAAAAAAAAAGAAAAAAAAA